CCACGUGGUGCUAUGGAGGAGAGCAGAAACAUGCGGAGCGACGCGAAGAUGAAGAAAAGAAAAGAAAACACAGCGAAGAAGAGGAGCAGCGAGGAGGAGGAGGAGGAGGAGAUCUUUAGCUUCAACGCGAAGCCUGGAAAAGAGGAUGAGGAUGAUGAAGACCUGUCUGACAGUGAGGACAGUGUCUUCUCAGGACUGGAGGACUCUGGGAGUGAUGACGAGGAGGAUGAGGAUGACGAGGAGAUUGAGCAGCAGGAGGAUGGACGUGUGAACGUAGGAGACGAGCAGCAGGAGGAUGGACGUGUGAACGUAGGAGACGAGCAGCAGGAGGAUGGACGUGUGAACGUAGGAGAUGAGCACCAGGAUGAGUAUGAACAGGACUCGUCAGACGAAGAGGACAUCAGGAACACGGUGGGGAACGUUCCCAUGGAGUGGUACAAAGACUUUCCUCACAUCGGCUAUAACCUGGAUGGGAAGAAGAUCUACAAGCCAAUCAGGAACAAGGAUGAGCUCGAUGACUUCCUGGAGAAAAUGGAGAACCCGGACUACUGGAGAACCGUUCAGGAUGGGCAGACCGGCCGGGACCUGGUUCUGUCGGACGAGCAGGUGGCCCUGGUGAACCGCCUGCAGCGGGGCCAGUUCGGAGACCUGAACUUCAACGAGCACCAGCCGGCGGUGGAGUUCUUCAGCAGCGAGCUGAUGAUCCAUCCGGUGACCAACAGACCGGCCGACAAGCGCAGCUUCAUCCCGUCUCUGCUGGAGAAGCAGAAGGUCUCCAAACUGGUCCACGCCAUCAAGAUGGGCUGGAUCAAGCCUCGCCGGGUGGAGGAGGACAGCAGGGGGCGCUACUACGACCUGUGGGCCUCCGAGGACCCGUCCAGUCCGGUCCGACACAGGAUGCACCUGCCUGCUCCCAAGAUCCGUCUCCCUGGACACGAGGAGUCCUACAACCCCCCCCCGGAGUACCUGUUCACUGAGGAGGAGAAAGCUCUGUGGGAGCAGCAGGAUCCGUCCGACAGGAAGCUGCCGUUCGUCCCGAGGAGGUUCUCCACCCUCCGCCAGGUUCCGGCGUUCCCUCGUUUCAUCCACGAGCGGUUCGAGCGCUGCCUGGACCUGUACCUGUGUCCCCGGCAGAGGAAGAUGAGGGUCAACGUUAACCCCGAGGACCUGAUCCCCAAACUGCCCAAACCCCGAGACCUGCAGCCGUUCCCCACCACGCAGUCUCUGGUGUAUCGAGGUCACAGCGGUCUGAUCCGCUCCAUCAGCGUGUCUCCAACAGGACAGUGGCUCGCUUCAGGCAGUGACGACGGCUCCAUCAGGCUCUGGGAGGUUUGCUCGUCUCGCUGCCUGAAGACCGUCCAGGUGGGCGGAGCCGUGAAGAGCGUCGCCUGGAACCCCAACCCGGCCGUCUGCCUGCUGGCUGCGGCGCUGGACACGCUCGUCCUGGUCCUGUCUCCCGGCCUGGCCGACAAGCAGGUGCUGUCCUCAUCAGAGCGCCUCCUGGGGGGUCACCAGGAGGCGGAGCCAGCAGAAGGGGCGGAGCUAGUGUGGUGUGAGACAGAGGGGGAGGAGCUACGGCAGGGCGUCCGCCUGAAGAUCCGUCAUCCUAAAGCUGUCCAGCAGGUGGCGUGGCACGCCAAAGGAGACUACCUGGCGUCCGUGAUGCCGGACCACUCCAGCCACCAGCAGGUGUUCGUCCACCAGCUGAGCCGCAGGCGGAGCCAGAACCCGUUCCGGAGGAACAAGGGUCUGGUCCAGCGCGUGUCCUUCCACCCGGUCCGGCCCUACUUCCUGGUCGCCACACAGCGCUCGGUCCGGAUCUACAACCUGCUCAAGCAGGAGAUGACCAAGAAGCUGCAGGCCAACUCCAAGUGGAUCUCCAGCCUGGCCGUCCACCCGGGAGGCGACCAUGUGAUCUGUGGAAGCUACGACUGCCGGCUGAGCUGGUUUGACCUGGACCUGUCCACCAAACCCUACAAGAUGCUACGACACCAUAAGAAGGCGGUAAGGGGCGUGGCCUAUCACCGAGUCUACCCGCUGUUCGCCUCGGCGUCUGACGAUGGAUCAGUGAUCGUCUGUCACGCCACUGUUUACAACGACCUGCUGCAGAACCCGCUCAUCGUCCCGGUGAAGGUCCUCCGAGGUCACGCCAUCACACGGGACCUGGGCGUCCUGGAUGUGACCUUUCACCCCACACAGCCGUGGAUCUUCUCGUCUGGGGCGGACGCCACCAUCCGCCUCUUCACCUAGCAACCUGCCCGGCGACACCAUCCGCCUCUUCACCUAGCAACCUUCCCGGCGACACCCUCCGCCUUCUCACCUAGCA